AUGUAUUAUCCAGGGCCAACAAAAAAUGCUGAUAAUAACGAACUGGACUACCUGCGGUUUCCAGUCUCCAGUCCUCUUGCUCAGAGCUCAGGGCGUUUGCACUUUGUGCGAGUACUCUGCAGCCGCUUUGUUGCUGCUCAGACGUGUCUGUGUCCGUCGCUAUGGAGACUGCGGUGUUUGUGCGGAGACACAGUCGGAGCGGAGGGUGGCCCGGCCCGGGCAGGGGGGGCUCUGAUGGAGCAUGGGGACAUCCAGGACCGACUGGCCAGAGCUGGCCACCUGCCGACUGAGGGGACGGCCCCAACCCAGUGUAACAUGGUGGAUCUCAGCGGAAAGGGGUUGGAGAGCUUACCAGAGGACAUCCUUCAAAUGGCCAGCUUACAGCAUUUGUAUCUGGAAGGAAAUGCCAUAUCUGAACUUUCUGAGGAUUUCUUUCAUCAAUUACCAAAUCUUGUCUGGCUGGAUUUACGAAACAAUAAACUCAAAAGUCUUCCUUGCUCAAUCGGAGACCAUAGGUGCCUUAAAACAUUGCUUCUUGAAGGGAACCUUAUCCGAAGGCUGCCAGUGGAACUUGGUAAUCUGACUUCAUUGAAGGCACUCAACCUCAGAAAAUGUCCAAUAGAGUUUCCUCCUGAAGUUAUAAUGCAUCAAGGAUUAAUGGCGAUCCAGGCUUUCCUCAGAGAGCCAAUAAGAGCAAAAGCUGAACAUACUAGUUUAUCUGCUCAUGAUACAGAAAUGCCAUUAAUUGAAAAACUACAAUUGAAUGUCCGAACAGGAUCAAGUUUAAGUUUCUCUGAUGAGAAAGAGCGCCAAAGAUUCAAAACACUAAAGCAGAAAUUAAUGCAAGAAGAGAAAAAAGAUGAUUCUUCCCAGACUAAGAAGGUCUGGGGUGCAGGAUUCCUAUCAAGCAUAUCUAAUAUUCCUAGAGAGAAGACUCCUAAUCUAAACAUAUUAUUUCCCGAGUUGACAGCAUAUGACAUGACUAUUCAGACAAAGAGAAAGCGUGAACUUAGAUUAGCUGCAAUGAAAGAACACAAAGAAAAACAGGCAUUUAUUGAACAGAGGAUGAAAGACCAGCGAGCAUUGAGAGAAUGGAGAGAACAAGCUAAGUUAAUGCAAGAGCAGAAAGAAAUAGAAAUAAAGCAAAGGUCUGCAACAGAAAGGAACAAGAUAGUGAAGAGUGCACCAUAUGCUACAGAUCCAAACUACUACCAAAAUGUGAGAGGUGGGGAUUUGAAAGGGCCACACACCUGUGAACCUACGCGAAGAUUACAUUCCAGAAAUGAAAUGGAAGAAGGAAGAGCAGCAAAAGAUCAAGAAUUGAGGGAACGGAUUCAGCAACAUAUCAAACUGCUGCGAGAAAGAAGAAAAAGACAAAAGGGAAACCCUCAAGAAGAACUAGAGGCUGCAAAAGCAGAUUUAGAAAUUGCCACAGAACUGAAAUCUACAGUGGCUAGGAGAAAAAUCAUAGGGAAUCUCUCAUAAAAUAAGGUUAUUGUGAUUGCUGGAGGAAUUUUAUCCAGAACUUUAUCUACUAUCCAUUCCCAAAAUGCUGUUUCGAGCAAGAAAUGAUAAUGGACUGUCACUGCACUGAAGAAUAUCUACAGGUGAUAAUGGAAGUUCAAUAAUUAGGGGGAUUGUUAUUUAAUAUUCUGUCAAGAGUCAAAUUGAGUCAGUAGUUAUGU